AUGGUGGCAACCAACUUUGCGUUUACAGUGAGCCAAGAGACAACAGUUACCGAAAGUGUCAUCACACAAAUUUCUACAAAUGAAACAACUACCUCUGUCGUUGAAACAGAUGAACCUGCGACAGAAUCAGAUGACAUUACAACUGGCAGUGGUGAUGAACCUACGACUGACGUAGUUGAAACAGAUGGGCCUACGACUGAUGGAGUUGAAACAGAUGAUCCUACGACAGAAAUAGAUGACAUUACAACUGAAUCAGUCAUAAGUGAAACAUAUGAACCUACGACUGAUGACGUUGAAACAGAUGAUCCUACGACAGAAUCAGAUGACAUUACAACUGAAUUAGUUGAUAUUGAGACAGAUGAACCUACAACUGAUGUCGUUGAAACAGAUGAUCCUACGACAGAAUCAGAUGACAUUACAACUGGCAGUGGUGAUGAAACUACGACUGACAUAGUUGAUACAGAUGGGCCUACGACUGAUGGAGUUGAAACAGAUGAUCCUACGACAGAAAUAGAUGACAUUACAACUGAAUCAGUCAUAAGUGAAACAUAUGAAUCUAAGACUGAUGAAUUUGAAACAGAUGAUCUUACAACAGAAUCAGAUUACAUAACAACUGAAUCAGUCAUAAUUGAAACAAAUGAACCUACGACUGAUGAAGUUGAAACAGAUGAUCCUAUGACAGAAUCAGAUGACAUUACAACUGAAUCAGUCAUAAGUGAAACAUAUGAAUCUAAGACUGAUGAAUUUGAAACAGAUGAUCUUACAACAGAAUCAGAUUACAUAACAACUGAAUCAGUCAUAUUUGAAACAAAUGAACCUACGACUGAUGAAGUUGAAACAUAUGAUCCUAUGACAGAAUCAGAUGACAUUACAACUGAAUCAGUCAUAAGUGAAACAUAUGAACCUACGACUGAUGAAGUUGAAACAUAUGAUCCUAUGACAGAAUCAGAUGACAUUACAACUGAAUCAGUCAUAAGUGAAACAAAUGAACCUACGACUGAUGAAGUUGAAACAUAUGAUCCUAUGACAGAAUCAGAUGACAUUACAACUGAAUCAGUCAUAAGUGAAACAUAUGAACCUACGACUGAUGAAGUUGAAACAUAUGAUCCUAUGACAGAAUCAGAUGACAUUACAACUGAAUCAGUCAUAAGUGAAACAAAUGAACCUACGACUGAUGAAGUUGAAACAUAUGAUCCUAUGACAGAAUCAGAUGACAUUACAACUGAAUCAGUCAUAAUUGAAACAAAUGAACCUACGACUGAUGAAGUUGAAACAGAUGAUCCUACGACAGAAUCAGAUGAGAUUACAACUGAAUCAGUCAUAAUUGAAACGGAUGAACCUACGACUAAUGAAGUUGAAACAGAUUAUCCUACAACAGAAUCAGAUGAGAUUACAACUGAAUCAGUCAUAAUUGAAACAUAUGAACCUACGACUGAUGAAGUUGAAACAUAUGAUCCUAUGACAGAAUCAGAUGACAUUACAACUGAAUCAGUCAUAAUUGAAACAAAUGAACCUACGACUAAUGAAGUUGAAACAGAUUAUCCUACAACAGAAUCAGAUGAGAUUACAACUGAAUCAGUCAUAAUUGAAACAUAUGAACCUACGACUGAUGAAGUUGAAACAGAUUAUCCUACAACAGAAUCAGAUGAGAUUACAACUGAAUCAGUCAUAAUUGAAACAUAUGAACCUACGACUAAUGAAGUUGAAACAGAUUAUCCUACAACAGAAUCAGAUGAGAUUACAACUGAAUCAGUCAUAAUUGAAACGGAUGAACCUACGACUGAUGGAGUUGAAACAGAUGAUCCUAUGACAGAAAUAGAUGACAUUACAACUGAAUCAGUCAUAAGUGAAACAUAUGAACCUGCAACUGAUGAAGUUGAAACAUAUGAUCCUACGACAGAAACAGAUGGCAUUACAACUGAAUCAGUCAUAAGUGAAACAGAUGUACCUACGACUGGUGAAGUUGUAACAGAUGAUCCUACGACAGAAAUAGAUGUCUUUACAACUGAGUCAGUUAUAAUUGAAACCGAUGAACCAUCAACUGUUAUAGUUCAAACAAAUGAACCGACAACUGAUGGUUUGACAACAGACAUAAUUCAUACCAAUUUACCGACAACUGUCUCAAUUACUACAGAUGGUCCUGUUGCAACAUCAGCUACAAAUCCCACCCUCCCAACAACUCAGGCUCAGACAACGACGGUUGAUACGUCAACCGUAAGUGACGUUGUGACAACUACAGCUGCUGCAACUUUAGCAACUACUGCCCAACUGUAUCCACACGGUUCUGAAGAGGGAGAUACAAAGAUAAGAGAUGGAGACGAUAUAACCUCAAACGCAAUUCGCAUACCACGGGGACUAUUUUUCGGAAACAGAAAAUAUCGAAACUUUUACGUGAGUACCAAUGGGCUCAUUAGUUUCGGAAGGUCGUAUCGUAAUUAUUGGGCCCAGCAAUUCCCCCUGGGUAGAAGGAGCACUGCAAUAGUUGCCUCGUUUUGGGCUGACCAUGAUCCCCGACAAACAUCAGCGACCUCCGGGGUGUAUUACCAGACUUACAACAGAGAGGACGCAAAUAACGACAAAGCCCAAAAUAUGCUCGAUCUUGCAAGUAGAGACAUAUCAAAAUAUACAAAUAAUGCUGAUUUUGAGGCGACUUGGAUGGCUGUUGUGACGUGGAAGGAGGUCUAUCCAUAUCCUCAUUACUGCUACCAAAAUGUCGAUUAUUACUCAUGGCGGUGGUGUUAUUAUUGGCAGGAUCGUUCUUCUACCGCGCAAAAACAGGUUGUAAAUCAUCAAACUGUUCUGGUGACGGAUGGUAUCAGGACUUACUCAUUAUUCCAUUAUGGUGAGAUGUCUUGGAAAUGGUGGAAGAACGUCAACAUCGGCUUCGACGCAGGGGAUAACUUCAAUUAUUUCCAUCACUAUCUAUAUGGCAAGGAAGGUAUCCUUGGUAUAAGCCGCAUGAAAGGAAACACAGGGUUAAUUGGUGGCUGGAUCUUUCGCCUGGAUUUGAAUGGGGAGAAUAAACCAAACUUCGGGGCAAAAUGUAUCAGCUGGGCGAUCAAGGAUAUACAAUCUUUAUCCACAAGUCUGAGGCGAGCACAGAAUGAAGUGGAGCCAUGUCCAUGUAUGGUAUGGCAGGCAUGGAGAGACAGGCGUUUCCGCAUGGAUUGGUGGUCAUAUUGCGCACAUCAGAGAUUCCCUAGCAGACAUGGACAUGGGCAGAUGUGCUGCUACAAUAAUGACUGGUGGUCCGGUUGGAGAUCUUGGGGAACGUUGCUGACUGAUGUUAGAUACGGAGCGGGACACUUUGAACGCUAUCAUAACAGAAGGCACAGCAGGAAAUAUAAAGACAAUGACAGUCUCCCCCGAUAUUACUGCUGCGAGGCUUCAGACUACUGCCCCUUAUUCACUUCUAUUAGACCCGUGGAUACCUGUCGAAACUAUAGACCACCACGUUGGACAUGGUUCUGGGGUGAUCCCCACGUCCGUACAUUAGACGGCAAGACGUAUACAUUCAAUGGUUUUGGAGAGUAUACACUGAUCCAGACAACGGAUGAUUAUUUCACUCUCCAGGGCAGGACAUCCAGGGCUGUCACAUCAAACGGGACUAUCACUAAAGCUACUGUAUUCACUGCAUUUGCUGCAAAGGAUGAACUCUCCGAUAAGCUAUAUGUACAACUGGCUGACAAUCUGAACGAUAUGAUUGUACGGGUAAACGGUGUUGAUGUCACAAGUGCUGUUGAAGAACUAGCAAAUGAAGAACCGCCAGAUACACUUGAGAAAACAGGACUCAGUGUUAGCCUUGACACUCAAGAUAAUGUAAUAACCACUGCCUUUGCUAGUGGAUUCUCUCUGAAUAUAUCAGUUGCCGUUCGCAGUCUCUCAGUAACAGUCACUGCACCUGUGCUGACCAACACCUCGAUUGUUACUGAAGGCCUCAUGGGAACCAUGAAUGGGGAUACAUCUGAUGACUUCACAAUGCCAAACGGGACGAUCCUCUCAGAAGAUAGUAAUGACAAGGAGAUCUAUAGUGGAUUUGGAGAGUUGUGGAGGAUAACACAAGACCAAUCAAUAUUCUGGUACCCGAAUGGAUCCUCGACAGACGACUUCUCAGAUGCCUCAUUCGAACCUCUCUUCCUAUCUGAAUUCACUCAAGAACAACGAGACGCUGCUAAUAAGACGUGUAGGUCAGAAAUAUCUUGUAUGUUUGAUUACUUGGCAACGGGAGAUGAUGACAUGGCAAAUGCAACGCUGUCGACCAAUGUUGAAAAUACAGAUGCUGCAAUGCAAGCAGAGAAUUUUGCACCUCAGCUCAGUGUUGACUUAAGUCAAAAUUUCACGGUUGGAUCUGCCACGAAGUUUGCUAUAUCUGUAUCAGAUAACGACAGUUCAACCAUCUACGUUAUACCGACUUCACCGCUCCCUGACGGGGCCAUCUUCGAUAACGACACCAGGACAUUUUCAUAUACUCCCAAUGACCUGACACCAUUUAAUUUAUCAUUUAUCGCUGAAGAUGAUUUGGGAGCAAGAUCUCCAGAGUUCAGGAUUACAGUUUGGAUUUGUACAAACUGUUCCAGUGGUCAAGGAGAAUGUGAAUUUGGCACUGAAUCCGAGAAUCAAACCGAUUCGAGCGGUUAUUUCCUGAUUUCAAUGUGCGAUUGUUUAGUAGGCUGGGAAG